CAACACCAGACACGUGGGCCGCCAUUUUGUUCUCGAGGUCUUUCUUGUGACUGUGAUAAAAUGGCGGAGUCAAAGUUUUUCGCCGCCGGAAGCUCAGAGAGUGAGUCCUCGGCUAGUGAAGAUGAACAGCCAGUGGUUCAAAAACCAGCGGCUAUUAUUACCAAGUAAGUGAAAGAGGAAAUAAACAAUAGCCUUAGAUAUCAUCGAGAUCGACACAAUCCACGACUGGCCUCGUACCAUGAAUCAUCAUAAGCAAGUCUUUACUCUGAAGUGUUAUAAAUAGUGACGACUUCAUUUGAAGACGCCACAAGUUAUAUCUUAUUGGCGAGUAGAACAUUUUGCGGCCUAUGAGUCUUUUUUGUAGUUUAAAAAGGCCGGGCUACCAUUCACAAACUUAUUAAUAAGCGACGUUUGAUCAAGAAAUUUAGACUAACAUCACAGUCAUCACAUAUGCUCCCAUUAUGGCAAAACUGCAGAAUACCUGGUCACUGAAAUGUUCCCCAGCAACUCCUGCUACCACUCUGAAUGGCUCAGUCAAUUCCAAGGGUGCCCAUCCCCCCAAGCAUUACAGGACAGAGGAGAUCUUGAAAUAUACCGGUAGCAAAGAUAUUGGCAUUAUGUUAGAUGACAUGAAGUAUGGGAUAGCAUGAGUUCAAAAUUUGGCAAAGUUCAUCAGACAAACUACUCCAACCGCAGUAGCAGUAAAUUUAUGUAUUUAGUUAAUUUCAAAUUCACCGACUAUGGGACUACAGACCAUGGUAGCAGUAAUUUACCCCGCUUAGUCAAUUUCAAAUUCACUGACGUGUCUACAGACUGUGGUCACAAUACAUUUACACACUUAGUCAAUUUUAAAUUCAUUGUCUACGGGACUAUGGACCUCAGUAGCAGUACAUUUUGCACACCAAUUUCCUUUUCACCCACUGCAGACCAUGAUAGCAGUACAUUAAACACAAACAUUUGUGGCUAGGUAUUCUGAAGUUGCUCCCACAUUAUAACUGUAAAUUUUGAUGUGCAAAUUCCUUUUCUGCCAAAAUAAAGUAUAUCAUUCCAUAUGGUUAACAGAGUUCUAAAGUGAUGAUGUCAUAAAAAUUAAAUUUGUGAAAUUAUGGGAUUUGUCAAGAUAUUCUGAAAGAACAACGUCCAAGACGCCUACUUGCCAAAAAUUAGCAUUUCGGAGCAAAUUGCCUCUGAGAUAUUAACCCAUUUAUGCUCUGAUGACUCCAUACAAAUCCUUCUAAAUUUGACUUGGGUCUCAACUUCUUCUUCUUCUUCUUCUUCUUCUUCUUCUUCUUCUCAGUCCCUGCCGCCAUUCUUGAUCAGUGUUAUUGUCUGAUUUUAUCUCUAGCUGUAAUUGGACACUUUGUAGUGUGGAUCCAGUGUUACUUUUCUUAGAGAAAGCUGACUAUGUUGCAGUUCUCAGUGGUUUUGGCUUGGAAACAUAAUGUAUUAGUUUGUAAACCUUGCAUGCAUACCUUUUAAUAAACAGAGUAAUGGUUUAUGGAAGCUCAACAGGAAUUGUAAUUUUUGCUUUAACUCUUUUUCCAGGGCCUUUGUCUUCAGUGAUGAUGAAGAAGAGACCAAGAGGGUUGUAAGAAGCCAAAAGGAUAAACGGUAACAGCCCAUUCGAUUUUUUUAACAUUUUUAACAUUCAUGGUUUAAGUUAGGCCAGGUAAAUUUAUAAGAAAUACAUGAAAAUAGUUUUGUUAUAAAUUAUGUUGAUGGAAGAAAUGGUACUAGUGCUACAAAAUAGUUAUGACACCUCAUGGGCGUGGUAAAGGAAUAUGUUGGUAUGACAGUGUAGGAAAUGUGAAAAAUUGUCUGUAAUAAAUAAAUAAAUUCUCUUACUGACGGUAUGAAUAAAGUUACAUUGUAAUUCUUGAUUGUAAAAAAGGGGUUUAUUUUGUGUACAACACGUACAUAAUUACGUUCAAAAUGAAAUUUCUCUUCACCACUGUACACAGGUGUUCCUUUUUCAUAUUAGUUUUAUUCUAUUAUUAAUCCUUAGUUUGAUUUAUAUUAUUUUUUAAUCAUUAAAAUGUUGUCAGAGUGCAGAGUGCAAGUAAUAUGAUUUAUGUCAUGACAGCUCAGCUUUUGUUAAGACUCACAUUGAAAUUGAAUUGCAGAUUUGAAGAGUUAACUAACUCCAUCAAACAGCUGAAGAAUCAUAAAAAAAUAAAGGAUAUUUCUAAAGUCCUGACAGGUUUGUGUGGCUUUUUUUUCCAGUAUAAACAGUUGAAAAAUACUGUGAGUUUCAUUCUUGAACUUGGAGUUGAAUACUACCUGUAUGUGUAGUCUAAAACUCCACAAAAAUAAUAGCAUUGAAGCUUUUGGGCUGUGGAGAUGGAGCUCAUGAAGUGCCCACCAUCACUUGUUGUAAUGUGACUGAAUACUUAUGAGUCACAUGACCGUGAGAUGCAGUUGAAAGCUUCAGAGUUGAACUGUCGAGACUAGAGUUAGUACUUAAUGUACACUGUACAUAUACUGUUGUUGUUGUGAUCUCUGUGUGAGAUGCAUGCAUAAACCUAAAUGUCAUUAUCUAUCAACUUCCAUUGUUGUAUUACUAGAGGGUUUAUACAUCUAUAUGAAAAGUCACCAAAUAGAUUGUAUGUAUAAUAAAACUUUCAGUAUAUUAUGGUGCAAAUCUUUUUGCCUUGAAAAUUUCAUAGUAGUUCUUUUGACCCCCACUCCCAGCCAUGCGUAAGAAACAUUUUUUCCACUUCGUUCACUUCCCAGUGAGUGGAAGAGCACACUUUCCAUGGGUAUAGACUCCGUGAGACUGCGAUGGGAUAUUUGAUCUGGUGAUUUGCCACUUUUCACGCCUCCUUAACUGACAGUUGCCCCCUUCUGACAAGUGACACCAUUUCACGUGCUUUUUCCUGUAAACAAACAGCUAGCAUAUUCACUGCUGUUUGAAUACUAAUUGACAAGGAAGAAAUUAAGCUUGAGGCACAUUUGUAGUGUUAGUCUGAAUUCAUCAUCUGAAGUACAUUGUAAAAAGUUCAAAGAACCAAGAUUUAUCCAAAAAUGUCACCUUUAGUGGUCAUUCUAUCAUAUUUAUGGAAGUAUUAAUUAUUUGUUCUUUUCUCUUUCGAAGAAUUCGAGAAUCUUGGAAAAGCAUUUUCUAAAGCAAAAGCUGUGGUUGAUAAGGAAGGUAUUCCACAGUUUUAUAUUCGUGGUUUGGCCGAGCUGGAAGAUUUUGUAAAAGAGGUAAUGUAACUAAAAAUGAUGCCAUUAAAACUUCCAAAGCUUAAUAACCCUUUCCCCCAUGUAAGGGUCAUUCACAGGGUCCAUUUCUCACAUGGUAAGAGCAGUGACUUUUGUGGCUUUACCAGAAAAGUUACAGCUGUACAUAUUUAUUAGUGUUCAUGAUCAAAUGUGGAAGACAGAAUUAAUUUUGAAGUUAUCAUUUUCAAGCAAAAUUGACACAAAGUUACCCUAAAUUUCAAAGCACAUUCCUGUUGAUUUUUGCCUUCAAUUUGAUGUUCAGGUGCUCUUACAUGUAAAUGACUAUAGUCAAAGUGAACAGGGAAAAAAAGCUUAUGAACAAAAAACAGGAACAGAGAUUCAGGGUUAGUGACAAUAAGCCUUUGAACAACUGGGCCCAGAGUAUAAUUUUCUUGGUACAUCUGUAUGGGUUAAUCAUAAUUUUAGGAACUUGGUAUGAAGUACUGUACACCUCAACAACAUUACAGUGGUUUAAUCUCAAAUCCCUGCAAUCCCUAACUGUGACUUAGGUGAUUUUCAAGUUAAAAUGUUAACAUUGUUUAUUUUGUAUAAAAAAAUAAUAUUUAAGGGUUGGUUUAUUUGCAGCAUGCAUGGAUUGUUGGAGGUUUUAUUGUUUUAUUAAUUUUAAUUUAAAAAAAAAUUCCAACAACAACAAUGUUAUUAGUGUUUUCAGUUGGAAUGAAAAUUAGUAUUUCUGUUUGAUUUUUUCACCAGAACUGGGAGGAUACUGAAGGUCGUAAGAAGCUGACCAAAAUAAAUGCCAGGGUGAGUGUGUGCAGUACAACUUAUACCUUCAGCUUGAAGAUCAAGAUUCUAACAAGCCUUUCAUUUUUAUGUAGUGGUUUUUAAUUUGGCGGCUUUAUUAUAGAAUGAAAUUGUACUGUUUUGCAACACUACCUUAAAGUAUUCUUCCCUCCACCUUAAGAGGUUUCGUUAAGAUAUGGCUGUGCCCUGACCAUUCCUGCCCCAGUUCCUUUUAAUGGAAAUAUUGCUAAAACUAUUUUUUUUUACUUCAUUGAUUUUCUAAACAUAACAUGACUUGUCACCUGAAACAGGCUUUGGCUACGUUGAGACAGAAGUUGAGGAAAUACAAUAAGGAUUUUGAAGGAGAAAUCUUGAAGUAUCGAGAGGUAAGCUUUGAAAAUUAUUGCCACUGUCCUGAAAAAUAGCAGCAUUAUCAAUUAGAUAACUUUCCCACACCCUCAUUACAGACACAUAAGCACAACCUUCUAUCCAUUUGCAAUCUGACCUCACUUUUAGGCAUAUCACUCUUAGAAAGCUACUGUAAAAUUUUGAAAAUAAGCCCCUCCAUGUGUAAUCCGGUAACGCAAAAAACCCUCCGUUAAAUGGCCCCUCCAAAUAUGAGCCUCCUGGGGGCUUGUACUAGGAAAAUUGCCCUCAAAUACAAAGUAAAACUAAGCAAAAAUGGUAAAUUUACUUCCAACAAUAAGGCUAGCCCAAUCGAUUUUGAAACACAACUUUCCAUCUGUAGAUAAGCCCCUGCGAAAAUAAGCCCCUUCAAAAAUAAGCCCCUCAAAAAGGGUCUUUGAAAAAAUAUAAGCCCCAGGACUUAUUUUCGGAAUUUUACGGUAUGUUAUGUACUGCACUGUGUUGUAUUAAGGUGAAAUUCAAUAUUUAUGUUGUCUGUGAUUAUACUUUUUUUUUUUCAUAACAGAAUCCUGUAGCAUCAGGGGAGUCAGACCAAGGAGAGUCAGGUGAGAUUUUGGAGAAAUGUGAAUAACAUGAUUUUAGUAAAAUAAUCAUUCAUUUUAUAGAUGAAUUACAUCAAUCAACAGUAGAUGAGGUUGGGGGUACAGUAGAUGCUCUAGUGGAUUGUAAGAGACAAAUAUAAUGUAUCCAUGGCAGCCAGUGUGCAGCAACCACCACCAGCACCAUCACAGUGACCAAAUAUUAAACACAGUACAAACCUUAAUACUUGAGUGGGGUGGGGGGGGGAGGAAUGGGGAAGAAAUAAACAAGUAACUUAGAUGCGAAACAGUUAAUCGCACAAUCAAUCUUAGCAACUUGAUUUGUAAAGUCCUCAAGCCCUUCAACUUACCUGGGCUUCUCCCACAGAAUGCGAGCUGCUACCAACGUUGUUUUGAGUUUAACUUCGCCUUAUUAUUACAUUUAGCCUCAUAUAUUCUCAGAGGAGUUUAAAAGCAGGUCUUUUUGGAAUAGCAAACACAAAAUCUAGCCAUGUUGUUUCCAUACAUUUUUAGAAUAACUGACCAUAUUAAAUAUCCUGUUUAACAUUUUUGAAAAGCCCAGAGAACAAUCAGCAUGAAAUUCCUCCUUGUCAUAACAACGCUUUAUAAAACAGAGUGAUCACAAGAAUAAAGUAGACGUUCAUGAAUUAAAUCAAUACUGUAACAACUGCUUGUGUAGGAAAUGUAUUGAGGCAACAAAUGAGAAUUUAUACUUUGAUUUUAAGGUUACGCAUUAGCGCACGCACAAAAGGGAUAGAAAUGACCUUAUGGACAGACAUACGGACAGACAGGCAUACAGACGGACACACGGACAGACACUGUAGCAGGGACUCUGACAUAAUGCUUUACUGGCUUUAAGCCAGGAAGCACAAAAAGUUCAUGCUAUAUUGUGUGGCUUUAAACACCAGUAGGUCUAACAGGAAAAGGCCUUUCAGUGUGCAAAAAAAGUCAGUUUUACAGCCUGCCAUUUAGGCAAGCUGUAGCUAGCAAGCACUAGUGCACAAGUCAUUUCAACUAGCCCCCAAACCCUUUUUGAUUAGCAGGAUUGACUACAAUCCUUCUGUAAUUUGAAUUUCUCCAAAAAACAGCACUAGCCUGUCGGGCAAGUUAAGAACAAAAAUCACUAGCCCGAUAGCAAAAUCCACUAGCCCUGGGCUAUCGGACACGACUUUCUUUGCACGCUGCCUUUAUUAAAGUGAUUGUCAUAUGUUUUGAUCUUAAUUUAAAUUACUCUUUUAGAUGAUGACAAUGAUGAUGAUGAUGACGAUGAUGAUCUUAGGAGACCCAGUGACCUGUCAAGAAAGAAGAUUUCAACAGAUAAAAGCAAAGCUCCUAAGCCAACUGAUGUAAGUACGCUUACUCAUAAGUAGUUAUAAGUGUUUACAUCUCAACAUGUCAAACACAGCAUCGAAAAUUAUAGCCUGCACCACUGCAGGAACUAAACUUCUGGUUAGUCCAUCUGCGAAACCGCACCAAAAUCCUUGUUCUGGGUCUCUACCUGUGUACCCAGAUUUGAGUAUGUUCCAUGAUUGGCCUGUUAAAAAACCUUUUGUUGAUUUGCGAAUCAGGUUGAAGAGAAAUUCAAAAUGCAUUUUUGGUAAUUUGUUGAGUCUGUUGGGGCCCAGAACAAGGAUGUUGGCGCUUCUUCACGGAUCACUAACCAGGAUUAGAUUAGGUCUGCGACACAGGCUACAAAAAUUAGUACUACAUUAGAAGUUCUCAUUGGUUUUGGGGAGAGAAUAUGCUAGAUUUGUCUCUUAACAGCUUUGGCAACCUUGCCUAACCUAUAGAUUCACUUUUUGUGAUGUGUUGCCUAUAGUUGUUCACUCUUCCUUCCUACUGCAGCUACAAAAAUAUUGAAGAGGACUAGUCCAUCCAAUGUUGUUAUUGGAACUUUUUUAGGUUGCAGACGACGAUGAUGAUGAUGAUGACAGUAUUGACUGGGAGAGCAGCGAUACUGAGUCAUCUUCAAGUGAUAGUGAUAUUGGUGGUGAAGGUGGUCCCCAGCAACUCAAAGCCUGGAUGUUUCUUAAAAAGUAAGCCUGUCUCCUCUCUGGAAAUCAGCAUUACUGUUUUACUAAACCCAGUAUAGUAUUUUUUACCUAGUAAGUAAGGUUAAACUCUUUAGGAGAUUUUUAACUACAAUGGGCGACAAAAUUGGUUGAGACAUUUGGCCCAGAAGGGUCAUUCUGAUGCUUUACUGACUUCCAGAAGGGAAAAUAAAGGUUUUCCUCCCCCAUCCCCUCCAUGCAAUGUUGUGCCACUGUUUGAGUUACCUAUAGAAAAUAACAAAUGCCCCGACUUUGAAAGGAAGGAACAGGGGAGGGGUGUGGAUUCUUUUUGUCCCUGUAGUUACCCUAUAAGAGUACAAUGUCUCAACAGGUUUGUCACUAAUUGUAGAUAUUAGAGAUAGGAUUAAGAUAAGUGUAGGACUUGAAUCUAAUUUUGGCUGUAGGCUGUAGCAUACAUGUAGACCCUGCAAGAGUAUAACUUUGUCUUUCAGGGGGGAUGUUAGUAUGCAACAGAAAUUCUGAAACAAAUGUCGUUAAUGUCAGAAAUAUAUUUCUUGGCAGUGAUACUUUGUUUGUUUCAUACAAUUUUGUGUUUUUGUGUGUUGUUUUCCUCCUACAAAUGUCAUGUUUUAGUUAUUCAAUUCCUCUUUUUGAAUCCUGAUUUUUUUAUCUUAAUUGUUUGUUUUCUUUUCUUAUGGUUUCCCUGUUUAAAAGACAAGACCCCCAUAAUAGGGGUACAUUGGUCUGCCAGCUUGCUUGACAAUUUGUCAUGCUGUGCCAAAAUUAUCCUAGCCUACCGCACACAUGUUCUUAGGGCUUUGUCAAGCAUUCCUUCCUGAUUGUGUGACAAGUCAAAAGAGGGUCUGUGUGGAGGCGAAAAUUGUCCCCCAUUUUAAAAAUUCUAGUCUAAUUCCAGUUCUAGUUUCUUGUCAGUCUAGUAAAGAAAGUAGAGAUAUAAAAUGCCUUCACAGUCUGUUCGAAUAUUGCUGCUCCUACAGAACAUUAGCCAGCAAAAGCAUAACCACAGCCUCUGAAGAUCUCUGAAGAAGAUUUUAGGGAGAAGAUAGGGGAACCUAUUGUGACAAAUGCCCCGGGGGGGGGCAUUUGUCAGAGGUUUUUUCUUGCAUGCAGCGAUUGAGUAGUAACGAUGAAGACUUGACUGAAACCAGAAACCGCACAUGAAAAGCCUCAGACACUUCAAUAAAGUAGGGAGAUGAGCAUGAAUGCAGCAGUAAUCAAUGGUUACAAAAAUUGCGCUUGAAGAGAUUUGCCACAAAUAUAUGCGUACUUUUCCAAAAUAGCAUUAAUAAUAUAUGUCGGCUCAGUUGUUGAAUAAUUAGUGUAAACUACUACUGCUGUUGUUUUUAUUAAGAAACUUUUCCAGUGGGAGGGCCGCCUAAGGCAAUAAGUUUCUUUAGGCUUACUAUAUGAUCAAAUAUUUUCUUUAUUUCUCGUUGUUAUCGUUAGAAAAAAAACUCCCAGCAUGAAUGUUGUUUUCGUUCCAGGAAAUGACCCGUCCCCUCCUGUCAAAAAAAAAAGCGUGUACUCAGCGGAUAGGCAACAAGACAAAAAUUUUCCUGUGGGGACUGUGGGAGGGCAUUGUUUUGCAGCUCCCUCACAGGUUAACUACAUCAUCAAAUACUGUAUUUAGAUAGUCAUUCCGAGAAGAUAUAGGGCCAAUAGCUCCAGGCAAUAAGUUUGUGUUUGUUUCAAACCAGUUUCCAAAUCUGUCAGCAGAAGACCUGAAAUGACAUGCCCCUCCCUGCAUAAAUGGCCCUAUUGAAGUGGGAAUGGGAUGGGAUGAGAUUUUUCUUUUCUGUUUUUAAGCCCCCUUGAAUAAAAGCCCCUCCAUCAUAAACCCUCCUAAAGCUCCUUAUGAAGAUUUAUAAGUCCAGGGCUUAACGGUGGCAGUUUCAGUAUAGCACUUAAAGUGACCUACUCUUUUUUCUUAUUUUUUUACAUUUUUUUCAACAAAGGGAGAAAACUGGUGAUGAAAAAGUGAGACAAAAGAAAAAAGUCAAAGAAAAAAAGACCACUAAAGUGAAAGUCAAGGAUAUCGCCGAUGAUGGUGGUGGCUGGACUGAAGUGAAAGGUUCUUCUUCUACUGUAAGUAAAAUGACUUCCCUCUUUGCAGUGUUAUUCUUAACAUGGGUUCUUAUAAAAGUUAUACCUUUCUGUAUUUGCCUGAUGCUUUAAUUAGGAAAAAGCCAAGCAGCUCUUCCCAAAGGAUACAGAAAUUACUCAUGAAGUUGUGCUGAAAAAACUGCAUGAGAUUCUGGCUGCCAGGGGCAAAAAGGUUAGUGUUUUUUUUUUCUUUUUGUUCCAUUUCUUACCUCUUCCAUUCUAGAAGCAAUGUUCAUUGAGAUAUUCCUACAUGGAUUAGAUUGUCAUAACUAUUUUUAAUAAUGGUUGACUGAUUGAGUGUUUUAAUACCUGAAUAGUACAGUUCUUAACAAUUACUGGCAUCUCACUCCAUUGAUUGUCCUAUAAGACCAAGCGGUGAUGUUUCUUCAUUAUUUGCAUACCCUUUCAACACCAUCACAUUGAUGUUUGGCAUUGGUCAUUAUUGGUCUCUGGUAUCCCAAGCCAAUAAUCAUUUCUUACAUUGUUUACCAUCCCUUAAUGAUUUCAGAACUCUUUACACUGAAAAGCUUUACCUAUUCUGCUUGUAAGUCAUUAAGAGUGCAUGUACCAUUAUUAAAUUUGUUUUUUAUCAGGGUACAGAUCGUACAGACCAGAUAGAUUUCCUUAAGCAACUGAGGGUGAUUUCAGACAAUGCAAAGCUGGGUAGGUAGACUCUUGGCAGAUGUGUUAGUUUCAUUUAAGUUACCACUCUGCAAAAACAGCUUCUUUUCCACAAAGAAGGGAUUAACCCUUGCACGAGUAACUCCUCAAUUACUCUGGCAUUCUGGCAUUUUGUGAGCAGGGGCCUGUUUCUCAAAAGGCCCGGUAAUUAUUUUUUUUAUUGUAGCAUAGUUCUGUAGUUCACACACCGGUCAAUUUUUCUUGGUUUUAAACUGAUAGUUUCAUUGUAUUAUUUUGAAAAUUAUUGAAACUUUGAUCUUGAAUGCCAGCGAGGCAAACAUAAAGCAGCUUUCCAGGCCCAAAAAGUUAUAGGGACUUCGAUAAAUGCACAACAAGAGAAGUCAGAUUCAUAUUUUGGUGUUCAUCUUUUUAGGUGCUGGUAUGACAGUGAAACUGCUUUUCAAUAUCAUUUCAUCGAUCUUUGACUACAAUCCUAAUGUGGCAACCUGUAUGAAAGCAGAGAUGUGGCAAGAGUGAGUAGAAGCAACUUUCCUGGGCUCCAUUAGUCUUUCCUUGUUCUCCUCUUACAGUUAAUCUGUUCAUGUUGUCCUUCAGCAGCAUAAUUAAAAAUAUAAAACUGUUCUACUGAGGCAUUAAACUGCUGUUUAAAAAAAGUAGAAUCCAAAAUCCAUCUUUUGCUGAUCAACGGCAUCAUUGGGGAUGAGAAAAUAUCCCGCAAGUGCUAUGUAUAUGCAAAGAAGGUGUAGGGUGAAAUGUGUAAAAGAUGUGAUGAAUGUUUGAAAGCUAUAGAAAUAAACUAUGAAUGGAGUACAACGUUCUAGUGAUGGAAUGUCUCCAGACAAAGGACCUCUAUCCCCCCCCCAUGAUGUGUAUUGUUAGUUACAUCUACACUUGUACAGUGGAAACCUCAAUUUGACCAAGGGACUGGCAAAAUUUGUUCACCAUAACAAGGUUUUUAAAUAUCCAGGUUCUGUUUUCUUAAAAUUAUUACUAUUACUGGGGUUAGGGAAUUCAUUUGUUACACCAAGGCCUUCAAUAUGUCGAGGUUCAUCAUAUCUAGGCUCCACUUUACCUGGGCAUUAUUUACUCCAGGCUAGUAGUAUUAUUAUCAACUUGUCAUUUUCUAUCACAGGUGUUUGAAUCAAAUUGAGGAAUUGUUGGACAUCCUGAUUGAAAAUCAAGAUCAGUUGACUGUGGGUGAAAACAUCUCUGAAGAAUCUGAGAAUGUAGAAGUAAGUUGAACAACUGUGUUACUGUAGUAUUUAGGAGCAGCCAUCCCUUAGAUCAAAAAACACCCUCAUAUCUGGCACAACUGCGCAACUCACAAAAGCCACCACAAAAAAGGGGAAAAAAAGAAACAGGCACCUGUCUGUCACACUGAAAAUAUCAGUGGAAAAGAAACAAACUGGAAGGGAGCGGGAGAAGAAAAACUGGCUGAAUGAAACCUUGUAGCAAAAAUGCUACACAAAAAAAGCUCAAACCACCAGAGUCUUAUGUCACAUAAACUGCACUGUAUCGUCCACUUUUCUGUAGCACAAUUUUUGGGAUACCUACAUGUGUAUCAGUCCUUUGUGCUUUGUAUUGUUAAGCUUGGACUGUUGCUGAUAAGAUGUAUAUAUUUUUAUUUUUGUCCUUUCAAAAUUAGAAUGCAGAUCAACCAAUCAAAGUGCGAGGGUGUCCUCUGGUCAUUGUAGAACGUAUGGAUGAUGAGUUUACAAAGAUGCUUCAAGGCUGUGAUUGCCAUUCCACUGAAUAUGUCACAAGGUACAUACCAUUGCUUGAAAUAGUUGGCAAAAUAUUGUGACCUUGCCCAAUAAUUGCUUAUUAUUUAAAAGAGGCUGGAUAGAGCAAAAAGGAGAGCUUGCAACGUCACUUUUUCACCCCUCCCCUCUUCCCAAUUUUUGUGAAGAGGCCUGGGUGAAGAAGAGGUCUGGGUGUGUGUGGGGAGGGGGGGGGGGGAGGGCUUAAAUUAAUCAUUCUGGACUGAUGCUACAGAUGUGUUUGCUGUAUGCAGGGAUGUCACCGGCUGUAAAAUAGCUUACCACUGUCUCAAAUUGCUCUGGAAAACAAAGACAUAUGGGAAUUUUUGAAGGUGCAGUUGAGUGAAAUGGCCAGCUUGACUGAUACUGAUAGAAAAAAGCCUUCUCAGUAUUUCCUUAGCUACAUCCCUGUGUAUGUAUUCAUUUUUUUUUUCACUUUGAUCAUUUUAGAUUGAGAGAUGAAGAAAAAGUUUGUGCUAUCAUUACUAAGUUACAAGGGUACGUGGAGUUAAAUGGCUCAAGAUCCGAAAUUUGCAGAGUGUAUUUGCGACAUAUUGAGCAUCUGUACUACAAGGUAAAUAACAAUGUGUUUAAUAAAUAUUAAGACACCUUAAUUUGUUAAAAAAGACAUAAUUAUUACAGUAUUUGAUUUCAGGAAACCCCUACAGCAAACAACCCUUGUAUUUAAUACAUGAAGAGUAGUUUAGUACACAGGGACUUUUUACCUUCAACCUAUGUUAUUUUUUCCAUUCAUCUCAAUUUUUACUAAGUUACAGAAGUCAUAUUUUAGUACAAAGCAAUAACUUACAAGAAGAAAAAUAAGGUUACCCUGGAAAUCCAGUGUCAGACCCACCCCACCUAUCAAAACAAUAGGCAAGCUCAAACUUGAAUCUUGGAAUAUCAAUGGACAAAAUUGAUCCCUUUAGAGGGGCAAGUCAGUGGCUCUGAAACCUUGUGAGUGAAUGGACUCUGUUGAAAGAAACUGUCGAGAAUAAUGAUUGUUUUUGUUUAAGGUUGACUCUGAUACAAAGGAAGAGAAAGAAAAAGAAUCUGCUGGUUAGUAUCUAUUGGUAUUAAUUGCAGUAGUGUGAUCACAUAAGAAGUGAUUAUUGCUAAAAGAUACUUCUUCUUUAUGGCCUGGGUUUGAAUCCCAGAGGCUAGGCCUCAAUGUGGGUAUUCAGUUUGUUGUUGGAAAUCAUCCCCUGUCCAGGAGGUUUCUCUCUGGUCACUCUGGUUUUUGCUUCUUUAAAACUAACGUCUUCCAAAUUCCCAUUUGGUAAGGAAAAUGCUUGAUGAAGAGCCAAACUAUGACACUUGAGGCAUUUCCAAAGUUGAUUCCUCAGGAAUUUAAGGAUUUAAUACAUGUAGCAAAAGCAGGUAUUAUAGUGGUGUUCAAAUUUGACUCCAUUCCCACAGUUUAGUGGAUUGAAGUACUGCUACCAACUUGUGUCUUGGCUUAGUCCUCUUCCAUCAUACAUGUAUAGUACAAAAUACUAGUUUACUGAUAUUCCUUACUAUUGUGCACCAGUGGAAUGGUUGAUUGAUCAAUUGAUUGAUUUUCUUUCCUUUAAAUGAUAGUAGAUGGUGAAGAAAAGUGUACAGAGAAAAGUGAACUUAAAGAAAAGCAAGAAAGUCAAAGGUCAUCAGAGAAGGUUGAUCAAAUGUGCAAGUUCAUAUACUCACGCGAUACAUCUGACCGCAUUCGAACCAGAGCCAUGCUUUGCCAUGUAUAUCAUUAUGCUUUACAUGAUCGCUGGUUUGAGGCACGCGAUCUGAUGCUGAUGUCACAUCUUCAGGAAACUAUACAACAUUCUGAUAUCCCAACACAGGUUUGCUUGGCAUCUUGUCUGUUUUGCUUAUAAUUAUGUGGAAAUGAUAGAAAUAGAAUAGAAAGGCUUAUCUUCUGCCACUACCUUCUACAUGAUCAGUGAUAAGUGUUAAUGGAGAAACGUAUUGCAGUAAUAUUUUUGCGUAGGAAAAUUGGCUAGCCUAAAGGAAUUGUAAGAAAGAGUAUGCAGUUAAACAUAAUGUCAGUUUGUAGAUACACCCAAUUGCAAAAACGUUGUCAUAGAAAAAUGAAAAAGGAAAAAGCUAAAUAGCAAUUAAUUAGGCUAAAAAGCCUAGUGAAUUCUUUUGCAGCAUCCGCACAUGGACGCUGUAUUUACCUGUUGGAAUUUGCUAUUGUUUUGAAGCUGAAAAACGAUAAAAAAUUUCCAGCAGGGAAAUCCAAUGGCUGUAAAUGAAUCCACGCUGAGAAUGAGGCUUGAUUAGCCUAAUUAAUCUCAAUCUGGCUUUUUCCUUUUUUAAUUUUUCUAAGACAAUGCUAUUGCAAUUAGGUGUAUGUUUCUUGAGGCCAGUUAUCUCACAUCAACUAACAGUCAGUUGAUUGAGCCAAAUGUAAAUGUUUCAAUGUAACCCCACAGUUUGUAACCCUUUCUUUAAAGCAAAUCCACUGAGCUAUCUGACCAAACAGAGAGCUCUACAUCUAAAACCCAUUGUAAACCUGUAAGCAUAGCAGUUAUAGAGUGUUUUCACAUGACAUCACGGCGGCCAUAUUGGCGUCCCAAAACAAUGAAACGGCGGCCAUGUUGGUGUCCCAAACCAAUCCUCUGGGAGUUGAAUUCUUUUCUUAUGCAAACCCUUUCUUUUGUUCCAAUAAAUUUGCAUCUGUAGAUUGCUGGCCAUGUGAAUGAAAACACUCUAUAGUGUUUGCCCGAUAAACCUCUUUCAUAAUGGCGGCCUAUUAAUGUAUUCUUUAAUAUGUAUGAUAAUUAGCCUUUCUGACGUCCUCGUUAGCAUUUGCAAAAUACAAAAGAAUUCUUACUUUCAAACGACGUCAGAAAGGCCAAUUAGCAUACAUAGAAAAGAAUUUGUUAAUUGGCUGCGAUUAUGAAAAAGGUCUAUAAAGCCUUUUAUGCUUUUGUCUUUACCCUACUUGGCUUGAACAAACUAUAAUCAGGAAUAGCUAACAUUUUUACUGCUGCCCUUUUAAUAAAGGUUUUACAUUCUAUUAUAAGAAUGGAUAAACUUUUUCUAAGGCAGAGGUAUAAUAUGUCCACAUGUUUCUAAAAAGCUCAGUUUGUGUAGUUCUGAGCUUAGUGUGAUACAUGUGGUAGAUAAAGCAGCAGAGCAAAUGGCACUGGCUAAUCUUGUGUUGAGGUUACCUAGUUGUCAAACUGUUGCAUGUUUCAAGAGAGUUGGCCACAGAUCUCUCACAUAUCUGUAGCCUUAGUAGAGAAGCAUACAUUACACUAGUAUGUAAUAAGCUCUGAAGCUCAAAGACUGAAUCCAUUUGCAUCUGAACCUUUUGCUUGAAAAGAAACAGGGUUUGAGGCUAUUCAAACCAGUUUUGGGAAACAUUUAGACAAAAAGAACCCAAAUUGUCCUAAACUGCAUGCAAAUGAAGUUAAAUUCAAGAGAAACAGUAAUGCUUUUCUUCCUGCUGCAAAAAUGCUGCCAUGUGGGUUUUAGCAUACUAGAUACAAAAAUUUAGCAUUUUGAGAAAAAACAUAGAGCAAGCUUGAUCAAUGUUUUUGUUUGUUUGCUUUUUUUUUUCUGUCCAUUCAUUUCAUUUCUCUUCCUGAUCCCCCAACCUUUUUAUAAGAUUUAACUAGGCUUCUUUCCUGUAGGAACAAAUUUGGCAAUAAUUCCUUAGAAUGUGAAAUUGCCAAUGGAAUGUCCAUUGAAAUUCACCAGUCAGUAUCAAGAAUUUUGUGUUUUGACUGCAUCUCUCAGUAAAAUUUGGAUGUGUUGUGAAAUCUCUCUUUGUACAGUUGUGCUUCAAAGCUGAAAGUCAAUGACAUCACAAGUGGUAGAAGAACUAUUCAAAUUAAGUUACCGGUAUUUUAUUAAAUGCUCAAACUGAGCAGCAGAAAAAUUAUGGUGUGCCAUUUCUUUUUAUGGGGCUGUGAUAUUUAAUUGUUAUAUUCAAUAGAAACCUAAGUAAUUCCAACUGCAUUAUCUCUUGUUAGAUCCUGUACAACAGAACCAUGGUUCAACUUGGCCUGUGUGCCUUUAGGCAUGGCAUGAUCAAAGAUGCCCACAAUGCUUUGCAUGAUGUGCAGUCUAGUGGAAGAGCAAAGGAACUUCUUGCACAGGUAUCUAGUUCAAGCCUUGUCUUUUGACCAGUAGAAUGCCAAUAGCAUUAUUAGUAAUCAGUACACAGUUAAGUGUUGGUUGACUUUCUUAGUGGUAAUGGUAAUGCUGCAGAUGAGAGGUCAAUACUGUGUCCACUUUACAUGAUACAUUAAUGUAUGUAGUAAGCUUGAUUGUCAACAUACAAGGAUGCCAGUACUGCUUGUCACUAUGAGUCUAUUGUGCUCACUGUAAUGUGAUUUACAUUAACUGAUUUUCUCCACACUCAAAUACUCUAUCGUAGUGAACAUUGUCACUGCAGAUUUUUGCUUAAGUGGCCCUUUCUUUAAAUAAUGAUGGUGAUAAGGUCUUUUAUAUCAUGGACAAUUAUUAAUCCAGAUACACAGAAGAAUGCAAUGUAGUAGGGUAAAUUUAUAUUUAGCGUCUUUCAUGAAGAAGAAAACCUGUCUUAAUGGCAUGAAAAAUUGUACCAAUGUACAUUCCAUUUCCCUUUAAGGGUCUGAUGCAGCAAAGGCAGUAUGAGAGAACUCCAGAACAAGAAAAGAUUGAGAAGAGAAGACAGGUACUUGAAACACCAAAAAUUGUGUUUUAUGCUCUCUUCUUUUAAUAAUUAUUUUUAUAUUAAUAUUGUUUAGUCGCUCAUCUUGUUAACAAAGUCCUUUAUUCCAUAAACGUUUUAUACCAAAAGCUAGCCUCCGUGCUUUUUGUUCAUCUUUAAAUUACAUUAUCAGUGAAAUCGCAUUAUUAUGAAUUGAGCAGCUCUCAGUGAAUCAGCUUCAGGGCGUGCAUUAUUUCAAGUUAUACAAUAUCUUUUCUUCCUGUCAGUUUGAAACCUGGCAAGAACCAGUAAGUCCAUUCUGGUAAAGUGAAUUCUCAAUAGGUUACAGUCAAGUCUUCCUUAACGGACACCUCUAUAAGAUGGACACCUCGCUAAAAUGGAGACCUAGAGUUGGUCCCUGAAUUUCUUUACUGCCUUUAUUUGACUCUCUUUAAGAAGGACGCCUCUCUAAUACAGACACAUAUUGCCAGCCCCAAAGGUGUCGGUCUUAGAGGAAGUUGGCUGUCCUUGUACUUCAACACAGUCAAUAAUGAUUUCUCUUUUCUCAAUACCAGGUGCCAUUCCACAUGCACAUAAACCUGGAGCUUCUGGAGUGUGUUUACUUGACUUCAGCAAUGUUAAUAGAAAUCCCAUGGAUGGCUGGUAAGGCUGUAGCAUAAGGAUCCUGCUCAAUUUUGGUUCGGCUAUCAGCUGCUGACCAAUUCCACCAAGCACUGUGGCCUAGCUGGGAAUUGUUUUAACCAGUGCAAAGCCCUCGUUCACAAUCAGUGCCAUUGACCCAGUAUUUACUACUGCCCAAUAAUCACAAGGGUGCUUGGACAUAAGAUUGGGAUUUAAUUACUCGGGCUUUAAUUCAGUCACCUCUUGACAAAAUGGGACUCUUGCAAAAUAUCUUUAAUUCUUUGGGAUGUGAAUGUAAUUUUUUAAGACUUUUAUACAAAAUUCCUGUUUUUUUGCAUAAAGUGCUCUACCUAUUAACUGUCUUAUUUUCUUUUUAGCCCAUGCCUAUGAUUACAGACCUCGUAUUUUCAGCAAGAGCUUCCACUACCAGUUACGGCAAAGUGAAAAGCAAACUCUAGUUGGUUAGUAAAAUGAUAAUUAAUCUAUAGCUUGCAUUUGUGUGUGAAAAAAUAGAGUUGAGAUGAAGUCACCUUGUGAAAAAUAAGUUCAUUAUUUUUAUUUUUACAUUGUCUAGUUUAUUUUGUGCAAAAUUUGAGGCCUGUUUUUGUUAUUGGCUGAUUUAGCAACAGAACGGGAACUUCAGUUGACGACGGCGCGCGCAAAUUAAACAACUUGCUUGACCAAUGGCAGAGCGGCAAAUUGGGCACCGGAAGUCGUGUUUAGUCCUUUCCGCGCGCUUUCGCAUCGUCAACU